CCUAUUUUCCCCAUUAUUUCUUUUACGUUUCUUCACUUCCGUCUCUCUACACUGCGCUUCAUAUACACACACGCCUACACGGACACUAAUCGCAGCUUUUCUGUUUGUGUAAAUUUCGGAUUGAAGAGCUUACGAAGAAGGCAUAGAUAGAUACUUAUCAAAGAAAAGAAGGGAAAAUUAAAUAAAUAAAAAAAGAUGAUCAGGUUGACACUGGAAGAUGGGAUGAAUAGAUUGGAGGAUGGCAUUGCCAAAGCGUUGAUGAUAAUGGAUGGUUACACUGCUAGUGCACUGUUUAGUUCAGAGGAAUACAUGAAGUAUUAUGAUUGUGUUUAUCUUUUGUGCGUUCAACCGCCGCCAAAUGACUACUCAUGGCAGCUUCAUGAAAGAUUUAAGAAAGCUUUGGAAGAAAGUAUUUUUUUAAAGGUUUUGCCAUCCCUAAGUGAUAAAAAUGGAGCUCCCCUGUUAUCUGAACUUCGACGUUUAUGGGCAAAUUAUAAAUCAAUGGUGAAAUGCCUUGGGGGAUUUUACUUGUACCUUGAUCAGAGGUUUUCUGACCGCGAAACUGCUGCACCCCUUUCUGAAAUUUCAGUUUGCUGUUUCCAUGACUUGGUCUGUACUGCUUUCCUCCAAAAAUUUAUAGAUGCUGCUAUAUUACUGAUCACACAAGACCGCAAUGGGCAGCCAACUGACCAGACCUUUCUACAGAGUCUUUCAAACUUUUUCACUGAAGUUGGAGGGAAAACAAGACCAUUCUGCUAUAACAAGUUUGAGGAGGCAAUACUUGUUGACACAGGCAAUUACUACUCUCAAGUAGCUCCAGAAUGGCUACUGAAUUAUUCUUCAGCAGAAUAUGCAUCUAAGGCUGAACAGUGUUUGAGGGAGGAAAGAGGAAGAGCAUGCAAAAUUUUGCAUCCACCUGGAGUAGAGAAGCUUCUACAGAUUGUGCACUGGAAGUUGGUUGGUGAAAUUACAAAUCAAUUGAUUGAAAAGCAAAAUGCUGAGAAUCUUGAUGCAUCAAGAUAUAAGGGAAUACUUGAGCAAUGUUCCAAAUUAAACAUUGGGUAAUGAGUGGUGGAUAGAAUUGUUGUGAUCGUGUGACUUGCUCGCGUUCUCAACAUUGGAAAAAUACAACAUUCAGAGACCUCUAGUCUAACUCUCUAAGUACUAACAAUAGUGAUCCGCUUAAUACAUUUACACACCUAUUGUUUCAUUGGACUUAUGAAAGAGUUUUGUGUAGCUUUUUUGAGCUUACUCCUUGCAUUUGUAAGUAAUAUCAUUUCAUAGUACGAUGUGUCCAUAAC